GGUGGAGUAGGAAGCCAACAUGGCGGACGGAGCACCGUGAGACAGACGCCGAGCAGGAGAGCUGUCACCGCCGCCGCUGCCCUCGACAGCGCUCGGUGUGGAAUUGGAGAGGAAGAAAAAAAGAAGAAGAGGAAGAAGGAGAAAAGAGUCGAUGUAAGCUCAGCGAAGAAGAAGAAGAACUUUCUAGAAAACUUUUUCCCCCAGGAAAUAGUUUUUCUUUUUUCUGCGGAAAGAAUGGUUGUUGGAAUGUGGUGAAGACCCUGGAAGUAUUUUUUUUCUUUUUAACCGGGGACAAAAGCAGGGGCAGCGGCAGGAGAAGGUUGUUGCCCGCUUAGAACGACUCUUCACCGGCCUGCGGGCGAUCAUCAUGCCGCGGCUGAGCGGCGGCAGGCGGAGGCAGAGCUCAGAGCUGCCGCUGCCCGCGGGCUGGGAGGAAGCCCGGGACUACGACGGCCGGGUGUUUUACAUCGAUCACAACACCCGGCAAACUUCGUGGAUUGACCCAAGAGAUCGAAUCACUAAACCACUGACAUUUGCUGACUGCGUUGGAGACGAGCUGCCUCUGGGCUGGGAGGAAGUGUACGAUCAACAAGUGGGCAUUUACUACAUCGACCACAUCAACAAGACCACCCAGAUUGAGAAUCCUCGAACUCAAUGGCGGCAGGAACAGGAGCGCAUGUUGAAGGAGUACCUGGUGGUGGCUCAGGAGGCUCUGGAAGCCAAGAAGGAGAUGUACCUGGUGAAGCAGCAGCGUCUGGAGCUGGCCCAGCAGGAAAUGCUGCUGUUCCACCAGCUGUCUGAAGACAGUUGCUCCAUCAGCAGCAAUCUUUCUGGAUCUUCCUCCUCAAAUGCCAAAUAUGACCCUGACCAAAUCAAAGUGGAGGUGGCCUGCAGACGUGAGCGGCUGUGCAGACUGAAGACAGAGCUGCUGCAGGUCAAACAGGAGCUGCACUUCAAGGAGAUGGGAGUGGAGACGCUGCAGGAGAUCGACAGGAAGAUGUCAUGUAGUCGGACAAACUAUAAGUUGGACGAAGCUCAGGCUAUUGUUACUGAGCUGCGAAACAUCAAGAAGUCCAUCAGCUGUGGAGAAAAGGAAAGGCAGGACCUCAUCCAGAGUCUGGCCCAGCUGACGCUCAACUUCCACGACUCUUCCUUUUCCACUGCUUUGGCUUCUGACACAGUGGUGAAGAGCGCCUCCAGUGUUGGGACCGAGUUCUCUGACACCGGCUGUCAGACGGACAUGACAGCUGAGGAUUCCUCUCCACUAGUCGACAAAGUCAAACUGAACUGGCAGCACGAGGAGGCUAAGAAAAGGGUGCAGACCAUUCAGCACCAAUUGGCUCAACUGGACUCUGAGAGCUGGUCUGGGCGGGUUGAGGCAGAUCGGGACCAGGACCUGAUGCAGCUGUUGCGUGAGAAGGAGGCAUUGCUGCAAGAAAUAAUCGUGGUCAGCAGGAGGCAGCAGAGUCCUGAAAUAUUGCUGCAACUGGAGGAGGAGCGAAGCAGGCUGGAGGAGGAGCUUCAGCGGGCACAAAGCUGCCAGAGUCAGGAAGCCAAUCACAGGAUCCUGCAGCAGGAGAAGAGGAGUGCUCUGCUUAGACAGUUGGAAGAAGCAACACGCAUCGCCACAUAUCUGCGCUCACAGCUGAAGAGUCUCUCAGCCAGUUCUCUGACCGUGUCCUCCAGCAGCAGUCUGGGUUCUCUCGCCUCCAGCCGUGGUUCUCUGGCGUCCAGCAGAGGUUCCCUCAGCUCUGUUAGCUUCAGUGACAUCUACGGAUUCCCUCAGUUUGAGCGUCAGGAGGGUACGGGGGAUCAGCCAGAGACCUACUCCAGGUACCUGCCCCCCCCAGAGGCUGUGUUCAGAGAUACAGACCCACUGAGCCAGACUAAAAUCAAACAGUCUCAAGACACGCCUCAGUCUUUGACCUCGUUGUCGUCACGGUCGUCGUUGUCAUCACUCUCCCCGCCCAGUUCUCCCAUGGACACGUCCCAUCACUCCAUUCCACAGGACUGCUGUUUGACUCAAAUGACGGAGGAGUAUGUGGAGAGGACGGGGCGAGGUCUGGUGGAGGUUCUGAGAACCCCCACCUGGCUCCACACAUCCACGUUGAGCCCAGAGGACACGGUUAGCCCCAACUUAACCGCUGUGCAACAGCUGGACAACAAGAGUUUGAGAGACGCCAUCGCUCAAGGGACAUCGACCUCCACAGGUGUGACUCUGAGAGAAAACAGUACCACCUGCAGGAUGAGGAGAGUCUCUACGGGCGUCUGUGAGGAAGCCCUGGCCACAGACAGUGGAGUGUUUGAGUCAUGGAGCAGAAGAACAGAAGAUGAGGAGACAGCAGGUAGUGCAGAAUUCCUGAGCACCAGUGAGGACGUGCACAUCCAGCUGGGACUGCUGUAUGAGUUCCAGUCUCAGUCCCUUCGUCUCCACCUUUUGCAGCUAAAGAACCUCCACAAGUUUCCUGUGAAGAACGGCCACAAAGUGUUUGUGAAGGUGUCUUUGCGUCCAUCUGGUUCUGAAAGCAUGUCUGGGUUCUACUGCUCCACUGCCACAGAACCACGGAGUCAAAUGAGCUUCAAUGAAGGGUUCCAUGUUCCUGUUCCGGUAGAGCAGCUAGUUCAGAGUGUUCUGCAGGUGUUAUUGUGCUGCCUGGGACCUGAGGCCCAGGAGGAGGUUCUGGGAGGCACUCAGCUUUGUCUAACAGACUGUGAUGGAAGAACAGAGAUGGUUUAUCAUUGGCUUAGCAUCCAGACGGGGGCGGAGCUUCAACCACAGGCAGAAGAUCACGACAGGCAGAGAAGAAGAACUAAGGAAGUGAGGUCACACGCCCCUCAGUUUUCAGAGGUGGAAGUACAAAGAGAAGAGAAAGCAGAAAAGUCUGAGCGGAGCUGGCAGGAGCAAGAGUCAGCAGACAGCAGCAACAGCAUCAGCAUCAGCGUUGCCUUCACAACAUCCUGUUCAGAUGGCGCGUGUGUUUCCUUUGGGGGGCACUGUGACCAGAGCAGCAGCAAAGUCAGCGUGGUUAAGGUGGAGAAGUGGACCAUGACUGAUCCACCACGACAUCGACCCAAAGAGCGAGGAAGUCGCUGGAGUUCGGGUUUUAUGAGGGGAGGUUCCAUCGUCCGGUCACAGACUUUUUCUCCAGGAGCUCGAAGUCAGUACGUCUGCAGGUUGUAUCGCAGUGACAGUGACAGCUCCACGCUACCAAAGAAAAGUCCAUUUGUGAGGAACACGUUGGAGAGAAGAACAUUGCGAUACAAGCAGCAGUCGUGCGGCUCCUCCCUCGCCGAGCAGCCCACACGGACCUCUCUAGAUCUGGAGCUGGACCUUCAGGCUUGCAGGACCCGUCAGCGGCAGCUGCUGGAGGAACUGAGCGCGCUACGAGAGCUGAAGCUGCGUCUUGAGGAACCGCGGGUCGGGGACUGCACGGAGCUGCCGACAGCACUGAGGGAUGAACGGUUCCAGAGGCUGCUGAGGGAGGCUCAAAGACAAGUAGGGGGGCUGGGGCAGUUACAGAUGGGCCAGCACUCCUCCACCUCCUGCAGCCCUGACACAGCAGCUCUUUAUCUCCAGGCAGGUCAAAGCCAACAGGAGCAGCAUCAGGAGGAGGCACUGGAGCGCAGGAUGAGGAAACUGUCCAAAGAAGUUCUGCAGAUGAGGGGGACAAGUCAGAAAGAACCGCUACCGGUCCAGACCUUUAGACAGAAGAUGGCGUUCUUUACCAGACCUAAAUUUAACAUCCCUCCACUACCAGCCGAUGACGUCUGAUACAUUUCCUCCGGGAAACAUGAAGUAUUUUAUUUUUUUGAGUUGAUGAAGAAAAGCAGCAGAGGGCGCUCACAUGGUCACACACAUCCUAACAUUACUUUCUGCCGAGGAGGUGGAGUCAAAAUGAGAAUGGAAUUAUUUGACUUUUCCUUGGAAGAAAAGUGAAAAGCAGAAAAAAACAUUUUUGUUUUUGCUCUGCUUUUUAUUUUGUAGCUUUUGGAACAAACAGCACUUCAGUGUUUUUACAUCAAACUACUUUUUAAAAAUAUUUACAACAAAUGUCACUUUGUAAUCUACUUUGUUACUUUUCCUAAUAAAAUUAAUAUUAUUCCAUGUAUAUUUCCAAAUAUAGAUGAAAAAAAUGAUUUCAGUUUCUGUCGUGUGAAGAUAAAGAUCACCAAAACUAAA